UCAAUCAAUGUAGAAGAACUGGGUCUGGUUCGUUCAUGGGAGCAUAUGAGAGUGAAGAAGAGAUUGUAUUCUCUGGAUUAAGUAACAGAAGACCAAGUGACUCUGGGUUCGAGCCCCUAAUUCUGCCGCCCCCAGGACCAUCUUCAGAAGAGGAGAAAAUUAAACGGAAAUUAAAAUUCUUCUUCAUGAACCCCAGAGAUAAAUUUAUCGCCACGCGUCAGAUUCCGUGGAAGUUACUGUUACAAAUAAUUAAGGUGGUGCUGGUUACAUUACAAUUAUGGAUAUUUGCUGAGUUCCGGUAUGCUCAUGUCAAUUACUAUUCAGAUCAAACUGUUGCACUCGAGCAUUUCUUUAUUAAGGAUUGGGAUCAAGUAAGAGAAGUGCAUGCCUACCCUCCAUCGACUGGAAAAAUGGCUUUCUACAAGAAAUCUGAGUUCUACGAUUUUCUGGAUAAUGCCAUCAUUGCGUACAGGAGUAUUGAGGAUGAAGCUGUUGGACCUUUCUUUAGAAAUUCAAGUAUUCAACUUUGCAUUCAGCAAUUCAAAACCGGAAGUAUAAAGAAGGAUCUCCAGGUUAAACUGGAUCGAGAAGAGAAAACUAUUUGCCUGGAACUCAAGGAAAAUGAACUGGAUGGAUUCAAAAAUAGCUCAACUUGGUUCCAUCAGAAUAAUUUCACAAUGCCAUGGCAUGCUUUGCAGAGUAUAGAGUUGGCAAUGAAUCUGACCAGUGUAACUCUGAAACCUCUUGGACCAGUUCCUACACCAGACUGCUUUAAGUUGAAGGUUGUGAUCAGAUUGGAUAACGCCGGUCAUGACGGGCAACUUCCGGUCAAACUUAGUAUGGUUCCGGUCAGAUUAGACUGCCCUUCAGAGGAAGAAAGUUCUUCGACCUACUCCUCCCUGGUUGUGAGUCUAAACCUUGUCGUUAUAUUUCUUUGCCUGAGUUCCCUCCUGCUCUGCCUGCGCGCGCUCCUACGGGCGCAGAUUCUCAAGCACGAGACAGAUGCGUUCUUCAGAAGGAAUUAUGAUUGGUCGCUGUCUGUCAAUGAAGGAUUAGAGUUCCUCAAUCUUUGGUAUGUGAUGAUCUGUACAAAUGACUGCCUGAUAGUGCUUGGAUCAAUAAUCAAACAGUUGAUCGAGUCUAAAUCUGUUAUAGGGGAUAUGUGGGAUAUUUGUAGUUUACUACUGGGUACUGGCAACCUUCUGGUUUGGUUUGGAUUACUUAGAUAUUUAGGAUUUUUUAAGACCUACAACGUGUUGAUAUUGACAAUGAAAGGGGCAGCUCCCAAUAUGCUGAGGUUCCUCAUUUGUGCUUCCUUCAUAUAUAUCGGGUUUGUAUUUGCUGGAUGGGUCAUCCUUGGUCCUUAUCAUUUCAAGUUCGAAUCCAUCAUGUCAACUUCAGAAUGCCUGUUUUCACUGAUCAAUGGAGAUGAUAUGUUUGCAACUUUCAUGUCAAUUCCUAGAGAAAGAUCUGUGUCUGUAUGGGUGUACAGCAGGGUAUACUUGUACACCUUCAUCUGUUUGUUUAUCUACGUUGUUCUCUCCCUGUUUAUCUCAAUCAUCAUGGAUACUUACGAGAUCAUUAAGAACUGUUACGAGAGAGGAUUCCCGGCCAAUAGAUUAGAACAGUUCUACUGUACUUCAGAAUUCGACUUCAAGAGCGGUCAAUAUCAGGGAGAAUCUGUUGUCACAAGAGUUUGGACUUUACUCAGGACGCAUAUUCCUUCACCUCGCUCACGUGCUUAUGAACAAAUCAGCUGAUUCCUCGUUUAGUUUGUGGAUGUUCGGCAUUAUCCACGGAACUUUGGCAUAAACAGCUGAUUACAAAAAUAAUCAGCUGAUUACAAAAAUAAUCAGCUGAUUUCUGUCUUUUAGCCAUCUGAUCAUGAGAUAAAAGCAUAAAUCUGCCAACCCAACAAUUCUGCAGAACUAAAUAUGCUAAAAAAAAGUGACCAAAACUAAUUCAAGAGCUUCCAAAUUAUUCCAUAUAUAUAUUAACUCAUUAUUGUGAAAUGGUAAAUUUUCUCUUCCUUUUUGAUGCCCAAAAUUCAUACCUAAUGUAACGGGUAAAUGAUUUUUAGUCAUAAAACAUAUACCACUGAAAUAUAUAUAAAGGGUUACCCACAAAGGAUGAGGCUUCAGAAACGACUAUACAGUAUUAUGAUGGACUCUCUAUAUUAAUGAUUUCCUUCAACUGAAAUCGUGUUUCUUUCUUCUCCAUAUAGUUAAUAAGCUAUUAAAGACUAUACUUUUACUUUCGGAUUGUCAUAUUUUAAGACUUUCAAGUCGUCUUUACAGUCUCAUCCUAUGUGGGUAGCGCUUUAUAUAUAUCGGAAUUUUUAACUAAAAGGGAGGGAUUUUUAAAAAGAACUCCUGGGAAAAUUCUUAUUUCCACUUAAUACUUCAUAGGAACCUUUCUGUUUAUAAAAUACUCGGUAUAAAAUGUACAUAACCCAAUUUACUUGUAUGUAACAGUGUUAGAGAGUGUAUAUUGUACAUAACCCUUGGGCGUGUACGCUGUACACAUAGCGCUCGACAGUAAUUUAAAAUAUGUAAUUGUAAAUAUAAUUAUCAUUUGUGUUGA